AUGGAGUCCACCCCCUCCACCACCAACCCUACUACCCCGGAGCCCGAGGGAUACGUUAACCCCCUCGAGGCCAGUUCCCGCUGGUAUCUCACCGCUCGAGCCCAGGCCAUUCGGUCUGCCGCCAGUUUCGGCUUCAGCAUCGCCAACCGCACUGACCCUCCUGCUCCGGAGCCCUCACGCGAUAUCUACCUCGAUGCUACUCUUGCCCCGGGCUGUCAAGGCCGCGCUAAGAUCAAGGCCGAAGUGUGGAACCCGCCACGCCUUGCUAUCGGCGCUCGCCCUGCCAUCAUCAACUUCCACGGUGGAGGUUGGAUCCUCGGUCAGGGCACCGACAAUGCUCGUUGGGCUGGCGCUGUCAUGUCCCAGCUAGACGCAGUCGUCUUCACUGUCAACUACCGCCUUGCUCCAGCCUACCCGUUCCCGACCCCCAUCGAGGACUGUGUCGAUGCCGUGCUCCAGAUUAAGCAUCGUGCAGCCGAGUUUGGCAUCGAUCCGGAUCGCAUCAUUCUCUCUGGCUUCUCUGCAGGGGCUACUAAUGCCCUGUCUACCUGGCUCAUCCUGAACGACCCGGACCGCUGGGGGUACAAACUUCCCAUCAGUCCCCCUCGCAUUGCCGGUAUAACUGUCUUCUAUCCCCUUCUGGACUGGACAAUCACUCGCCCCGACAAGCGGCUCACAUGCUGUCGCCCCGAUCUGACGCUGCCCAAGGGCAUGACCGAUCUCAUCGAUGCAUCCUACAUAUACCCACCCAUCCCUAUCGAAGAACGCACGGAUCCACGUCUGUCACCUGGCCUUAUGCCGGACGAGCUCUUGCGGCAGUUGCCACCAGUUCAUCUCGUCCUCUGCGAGUACGAUAUGCUGCUCAUAGAGGGCAGGCGUUUCGCAACCCGUCUUGCGGACGCAGGCAAGCCAUUCACUAUGCGGCUAGUAAAGGGCGAAAAACACGCCUGGGAUAAUCCGCUGCCCAUGGCCCCCAAGGAGAGCGUUGGAGUCGAGUACCAGGAGGCCGUCCAGACCAUUGCCAGCUGGCUUGGACGUGACUGCGAGACGGACACAGAAUCUAUGAGAUCCAUGAAACUCAAACGACCCACAUUAAAGCGGCCUAAGUAUCUGUCUUUUAAGUCUUGGUCAGGAAGAUCGUAG